UUGUGUUUUGUCGUUUUGUUUAGUUUGUGCCCAUGUCUAAACUGUUUUAGGACGGGCUUGCGCGCCCGCUUUGAGUGCUUUGAGCAGCUAACAUUGAGUUGUCUAAUAGCCGGAUAAGCCCUGAAAAUGCCGGACUACUCUCGCAUCUCUGUGCUUAAAGAGAUUGACAGAAAUGAAGCGCUGGUACAAGACUACCUUUAUCAGUUGGAUCAGAUAGAGUCGAAGCUGAGGCGGUCCGUGCUCUCGGACUCUGAGAGAGAGAAGUUGGAAGAUGAGGUCAAGUCCCUGAAGUCGCAACUAGACACGUUAGAGAAAGAGCUCACUGGCCUGCGGAAAGAGAACCGUAAAAGCAUGGCAAUAGCUGCUUGCUUGUUUAUACUGUUUCUUUUGAUUUACUAUUUUCUAAUUAUAAAAACAAUAACUGGAUAAUGUUUCAAGUGCGACGUGCCAAGCAUUCUAAUCAUUCAAAUUUUGUGUC